AUGGCUUCUGAUACAGCUGUGGCGAGCGCUCGAGAAGAAUCGCAGGUUAAUUCAGCAAAUGAUGCGGUUCACAAUGAGACUGCGAUCUCUUCGCCAUCCAAAUCAAGGUUGAAGAAACGCAGUAAAUAUCGCCAUGUAGCUGCAUAUCAUUCAGAGACACGACACUCCAGCCUCAGUCGAGAAUCCGAUGUGUUGCCCAAUUUCUUGGGAUUUCGGAAUCUGAUGGUGUUGGUACUUGUGGCGAUGAACCUGCGAUUGAUCAUUGAGAACUUCAUGAAAUACGGCGUACUAAUAUGUAUCAAAUGCCAUGACUACCGCAGGCAAGACGUUGUUCUCGGGUCUAUACUGUUUGCCUCGGUGCCUUGUCACUUGCUGGUGGCAUACUUCAUUGAGCUAUCAGCUGCCACAUCCGCCAAGAAGACAGUGGGUCGUCAGAAAAAGACAGAGGAACAGAAACAACACGACCAGAAUGUCUUCCAGUCAACCUGGCCGUACACUGCUUUCCUGCACACAUUGAAUGCCACAUUGUGUCUCGCAGUAACCAGUUUCGUGACCUACUUCUAUAUCCACCAUCCAGGCAUUGGGACAAUCUGUGAGAUGCACGCCAUUAUCGUGUGGCUGAAGAACUGCUCCUACGCAUUCACAAAUCGGGAUCUCCGUCUGGCGCUGCUCAAUCCAUCCGCGGACCCGGGCUUGCCUGAGAUCUACGCCUCAUGCCCCUACCCGAGGAACAUCACUAUCAACAACCUGGCAUAUUUCUGGCUCGCACCGACGCUGGUCUACCAACCUGUUUAUCCGCGCACCCCAUCCAUCCGGUGGUCCUUCGUUGCAAAGCGCCUUGCAGAGUUUUUGGGUCUGGCCAUGUUCAUCUGGCUUCUGUCGGCGCAGUAUGCCACACCUGUAUUGCGGAACUCGAUUGAUAAGAUUGCAGUCAUGGACAUCGCCUCGAUCUUGGAGCGGGUCAUGAAGCUGUCCACCAUCUCACUGAUUAUUUGGCUUGCUGGUUUCUUCGCUUUGUUCCAGGCGCUUUUGAAUGCCCUGGCCGAAGUCAUGCGGUUUGGUGACCGUGAAUUCUAUACCGACUGGUGGAACAGCCCCAGUUUGGGUGAAUAUUGGCGAUCUUGGAAUCGGCCUGUAUAUCUGUUCAUGAAGAGACAUGUGUACUCGCCCCUGGUGGGCCGUGGAUGGAGUCCUCUCGCUGCGAGUGGGAUGGUUUUCACGCUCUCUGCGAUUCUUCACGAAAUGCUCGUGGGCAUUCCCACACAUAACUUGAUUGGCGUGGCAUUCUUCGGAAUGAUGUUCCAGCUGCCUUUGAUCAGCCUCACUGCGCCGUUGGAUAAUGUGCGCGGUCCUCAUGGCAGGGUGAUUGGAAACUGCAUUUUCUGGGUCAGCUUCUGCCUGGUUGGACAGCCGCUUGGAGCACUUCUGUACUUCUUUGCCUGGCAGGCCAAGUAUGGGAGUGUGAGUAGGAUGGCGCCAAACCCAGCUGCACCCGUCAUUGGCGUCGCUCUCGGCGCCAUCCCCGUCCUCGGUUUCAUCCACGGCAACAUCACCGGCAGCCUGCGCAAGAAGGCCAAGGUCCCCUACCCUCACAGCUAUGCCUCAAUGGAACUGUGCAAGGAAAACGCCCAUGCCGAGCAGUUCAACUGCGCUCAGCGCGCCCACGCCAACUUCCUCGAGAACUCCUCCCAAACCAUGCUUUUCACCCUGGUCGCCGGUCUGAAGUACCCCGAGUACGCCGCUGGCCUGGGCGCUCUGUGGGUCUUCUUCCGCGCUCUCUUCUUGUACGGAUAUGUGUACUCUGGCAAGCCCCAGGGUAAGGGCCGUAUGAUUGGCGGGUUCUUCUGGCUGGUGCAGGGUGCUCUUUGGGGGAUGAGUGUUUUCGGUGUUGGGCGGGAUUUGCUCAAGUUGUAA